AUAUACAUGCAUAUGUACAUGAAAUCCAAUAUACCUCGAUCGAACUUUUAGUCACCUAACUAAAACUGCAAUGCAUUACAAAGAAAAGUAGACAAACACACGGCAAGGCACCCGAUUGAAGUUUUAGUAUUGAUGUCGUUGAUGUCAUGUUCAAGUCGUAGGUGUGUUGUUGUACUGGUUGGAUUUGAUCGAAUAAGUGUAUCGUAAAGUAGUUGUAGUCAUUUCCAAUUCAGACUUUUAGAACGACAGGUCACAGGAAACCCAAAUCAAUUCAGAGAAAGCUCCACAGGAAGGAAGGAUCCUCGUGUUUUGGCCCAUAUACUUACAGAAUAGUGAUAGUUGCUGCACUGCAUUGUCAUUCUGAAUUUGGUAAUACGUCACCUGAAGAACGAAUCAAGCCAGAUUGUUCAUUCUGGUUUCCUGCACUUUGAUAAAUAAAUGACAACUACGCUCCCACCCGUCGUAUUUUUUAGGUCGUGGGCAUAAUGUCGCUGAUGUGAGUCAAGAUACUAGAAAAAGAAGAACGCAUCAAGAUUGAAGAACGCAUAGUUGCGGGUUGACUAAAAUUGUGUCAGAGAAGACAAAGGCUGGAGACGGACAGUUGACAUCAGACAUCAAGCAAUUUAUUGGAUACCUUUCCAUGCUGACGGACUCCCUUUUGUUAGCAGGGCCUUGCUAGCAAAAGUCCAACUUGAGCAACCGGAUAGGAUUUCCCCUCGCUCAACUGGCAACUACAUAUCGGAGAAAGCUUUCUCUUAACCUAAUCCACACUUUACCAACAACCAACCACAUUCUGGGAAAAAUCAGCAUUCAACACGGGGUCGGAGAAAGUUGAAAAGAAAUGUCGAAGAAAAGAGAGUGCCUUUCCAUCCACAUUGGCCAAGCAGGAUGUCAGAUAGGAAAUGCAUGUUGGGAGUUGUAUUGCUUGGAGCAUGGUAUCCAACCGGACGGGAUGAUGCCCUCAGACGAGACGUUGGGAGGAGAAGACGAUUCUUUCAAUACUUUCUUUAGUGAGACCAAUGCUGGGAAACAUGUUCCGCGUGCCGUUUUCGUAGAUCUAGAACCCACGGUGAUUGAUGAAGUAAGAACUGGAACUUACCGGCAAUUAUUUCACCCCGAACAACUCCUAACGUGGAAAGAGGAUGCUGCCAAUAACUAUGCUCGAGGACACUACACAAUCGGGAAAGAAAUAAUUGAUGUGACGCUGGACAGGAUAAGACGUUUAUCAGAGGCCUGCAAUGGUCUUCAAGGAUUCCUUAUUUUCCACUCUUUUGGGGGAGGAACCGGCUCCGGCUUUGGCUCCUUGUUGAUGGAGAGGCUCUCUGUGGACUAUGGAAAGAAAUCCAAGCUGUGCUUCUCAAUCUAUCCAGCUCCAAGGGUGUCUACUGCCGUCGUGGAGCCAUACAACGCUAUUCUUUACACUCAUACCACUUUGGAGCAUUGUGACUGUGCCUUCAUGGUCGACAACGAGGCCAUUUACGAGCUCUGCUUCCGCAACUUGGGCAUAGAACGACCAACUUACACUAAUUUAAAUCGACUCAUUGGUCAAAUCGUUUCUUCGAUCACGGCCUCAUUGAGAUUCGACGGCGCCCUAAACGUCGACUUGAAUGAAUUUCAAACCAAUUUGGUUCCGUACCCACGCAUUCAUUUCCCUUUGGCCACGUAUGCUCCCAUAAUUUCUGCAGAAAAAGCAUAUCACGAGCAAAUCAGUGUCGACGAAAUAACUAAAGCUUGUUUCGACCCAGCGAACCAGAUGGUAUUGUGCGAUCCGAGAAAAGGUAAAUUCAUGGCCGUGUGUCUACUCUACCGAGGGGACGUGGUGCCCAAGGACGUUAACGCAGCUAUUGCAGGAAUAAAGGCAAAUCGCGCCGUCCAGUUUGUGGACUGGUGUCCCACCGGUUUUAAGGUCGGGAUCAAUUACCAGCCACCCACAGUGGUGCCGGGCGGAGAUCUGGCUAAAGUUCAGCGAGCCGUGUGUGCCCUGUCCAAUACAACUUCCAUCAUGGAAGCAUGGGCGAGACUGGACCACAAAUUUGACCUCAUGUACGCCAAGCGGGCCUUCGUUCACUGGUACGUGGGUGAGGGGAUGGAGGAGGGCGAGUUCAGCGAGGCUCGAGAGGACAUCGCCGCCUUGGAGUUGGAUUAUCAGGAGGUGCAAGAAAGUGCCGGAAGUGAUGAUGAGCAGUAGAAGACGAUGAGGAACAGUUUGUACAGAUUUCACACUAUUUACUAAUCUUAUGUAAGUUCUCGAGACGUGAGACAUCGUUGCUGGAUCUCACGUCUAAUCUAAAGCGUGUCUUUAUUAGUUAUGGGUUAAUUAUUUGCUUGUAUUAAGAAUAGAUGAGAAAUCAUGCCAUGUAUGUAUGCACCACAUAAACUAUAUUAUAUAAGAACUCUUUAUAUUGAUUCACUGUGGAAUUUCACCAUCCAGUUGAAACCAGCCUCUCUAGAAAUUUGAAUUGAUGUGUUACUUACUUACCUGAAAGGGUAGCCGGUGUGUAUUUAUAAAUGUACAUAGUCACAUGUCACAUCUCCGUAAAACACUAGUAUACUAUUUAAAUUCAUUGAGUAAUUAGUCAUUUUAUUUUGAAAUGUGACAUUUUUACCUUGCUUUGUGAAUAUCUGUAAUCAAAAAUGUAGGAAUUCUUAUGAAGGAAGUCAUGUGCAAAACUGACUCAAAACUAGUCAUAUAGCUGUGAUGUCGAUGUCAUUCGUCUUUAAGUCUAACUACUGAUAGUUGUAGUAGUAUUCUAAAUUUUAACAAUCAGGAUGUUAAUAGAUAAUUACUACGCAGCACAAAAUUGGAAUAACGCAUGUGAAAGAAUUGAGAAUUUAGUUGGCUUGGGUAGUCGAGACAAACGGUGAAAGUCUUUCGUACCUUUCUCCUCCGUCCGAGUGAAUCUUUGCCGUCCGUCGCGUUGCUGAAACAAUCAAUUUGUAAAUAAAUAUCUAAGCUAUAUAAUGUCUGAUAAAAUAGGUUUAGCGAAGGUGUAUCUCGGUUAUGAAAUGUAUUGCAUUUGCAACUAAUUCUAAGUAGCUUUGUAUACAUGACUAAAUACAAAUGUCAAAAAUGCACUCAUGAAGUGGUGCUAAUUGUAGGUAGUAUAUCCUGGAAGCAGCUCAUCUUAGGCAUCAAUAUCGGCAAUGACCAUAAAUUGCAGUUGCUGUUGAUUUGGUUAGAGCCCAGGUAUAAGUACAUAGAAUAAUUAUCUUUAAAUGCACCGGUGAUUGUUGUUAUUUUCCGAUUUAUGUAUUUAUAUUUUAUGUAUUUGCAAUUAUUACGAAAAAUUAUGAAUUGUGCUAUAUUUUUGCUGCUCUAUGAUAAGAAUUGCCUAAUAUCAUGAUAGAUUUAUUAGUCGCGUAAUCGUUUAUGCACAGUAGUAGUGACGUCGUAAUAAAUAUACUUGCAAAAAACGA